AUGAUUAAAGAAGCUAAUCCUGGUACACACACUCACUAUGAAACUAAGAAGGAUGGUAGAUUCAUGUAUCUAUUUAUGUCGUUUGGGCAAUCAGUUAGAGGAUUUCACAGUCAUAUGCGUAGGGUGAUUGUUGUUGAUGGAACUUUUCUGAAAAAUAAAUAUAAAGGAGUUCUACUUGUUGCUACAGCUGUAGAUGGUAACUCCAACUUGUAUCCAAUUGCAUUUGGAGUUGCUGAUUCAGAGAAUGAAGAAUCAUGGGAGUGGUUCUUCAGACAGUUGAGUGUGGUUAUUCCUGAUAGUAAAGACUUAGCUUUUGUGUCAGAUAGACAUGCGUCAAUUGCUAAAGCAAUCAGGGAUGUCUACCCACGAUCAAAGCACGGAAUUUGUAUACACCACUUGCUGACCAAUGUGGUUAAAUUCUUCAGGACAAAGGGGUUCACUACCUUGGUCGAGAAGGCUUCAAAGGCAUAUAGGUAUAGUGAAUUUCAGGAACGUUUCACAGAAAUUGUUGAUAUCAGUCCGGCACUUGGAAGAUAUCUACAGGAGGCUGAUGUGAGAAAAUGGGCUCGUUCUCUCUUCCCUGGAUCCAGGUAUGACAUCAGGACCAAUAACCCAGCCGAGUCGAUUAAUUCAGCUCUGAGAUCUCCUAGACAAUUUCCAGUGGAGAAAAAGAUUGAUAGGAGAAUCGUGAAGGCUCGAGGGUUUCAGGUUCAGAAGGUUGACAACUUCAGAUCACUUGUUAAAGGAGACAUAUAUGAUUGUCAUGUUGAUCUGGAAACCAAAACAUGCACAUGUAUGGAAGUACACCGAUUUACUGAUGGCGUCUAUAGCACUGCAACGUGGAGAGCUGCCUACGCGGAAUCCAUUAAUCCCAUACCAGUUCCAGAGGCUGAAUGGAAUGUCCCAGAUGAGGUUAAACUUGCGAAGAUCUUACCACCAGAGUCAAGAAAGAGUGCUGGUAGACCAGUAAAGAGAAGGUAUGAAACAGUAGAAGACAAGAUUAGAUCUUCUCAAGGAUCAACAAAGAAGAAAAAGCACAAGUGCAGCCGGUGUGGUAUGGAGGGACACAGGACACAAGAGAGGAACAUGUGA